AUGAUUCCCCCACGGUGGGAAGACGGAGCGGGGACUCUGGACACCCGGUACGCCGGUCUCCUAGCCUUUCCCGGAUCAAGUCUGACGCAGCGGGUCCCUCGGCGGGGAGUGGUGGCCGCGGCCGACCCCGCCGAGGCGCACGCCACCCGAGGGGCCUCGCGGGCCAGCGCCGCUGUUGCGGGCAGCGCCUUUCGGGGCCCCGGGCGCUCCGGCGCAAACCCUGGCGGCACCUCGGGGUCUCCAGAAGGCCCGGGCCCUCGGGAGGCCGCCCCACCUGCCGGACCCUCCCCACAGAUUUUUGGAAGUCCCAGCACAGUGACGCUUCCCGAAACCUUGUUGUUUGUGUCAACCCUCGAUGGAAGUUUGCAUGCUGUCAGCAAGAGGACAGGCUCCAUCAAAUGGACUUUAAAAGAAGAUCCGGUUCUGCAGGUUCCAACACAUGUUGAAGAGCCUGCCUUCCUUCCAGAUCCCAAUGAUGGCAGCCUUUAUACACUGGGAGGCAAGAAUAACGAAGGCCUGACGAAACUUCCCUUUACCAUCCCAGAGUUGGUACAGGCAUCCCCAUGCCGAAGUUCAGAUGGAAUUCUCUACAUGGGUAAAAAGCAGGACAUUUGGUAUGUUAUUGACCUUCUAACCGGGGAGAAGCAGCAGACUUUGUCAUCAACCUUUGCAGAUAGUCUCUGCCCAUCGACCUCUCUUCUGUAUCUUGGGCGAACAGAGUACACCAUCACCAUGUACGACACCAAAACCCGCGAGCUCCGGUGGAACGCCACCUACUUCGACUAUGCAGCCUCACUGCCCGAGGAUGACAUGGACUACAAGAUGUCCCACUUUGUGUCCAAUGGUGAUGGACUGGUGGUGACCGUGGACAGUGAGUCUGGCGACGUCCUGUGGAUCCAAAACUAUGCUUCCCCUGUGGUGGCCUUUUAUGUCUGGCAGCGGGAGGGUCUGAAGAAGGUGAUGCACAUCAACGUCGCUGUGGAGACCCUGCGCUAUCUGACCUUCAUGUCUGGGGAGGUGGGGCGCAUCACCAAGUGGAAGUACCCUUUCCCCAAGGAGACGGAGGCCAAGAGCAAGCUGACGCCCACCUUAUAUGUUGGGAAAUACUCUACCAGCCUCUAUGCCUCCCCUUCAAUGGUACACGACGGGGUCGCCGUUGUGCCCCGAGGCAGCACUCUUCCUUUGCUGGAAGGCCCCCAGACCGACGGUGUCACCAUUGGGGACAAAGGGGAGUGUGUGAUCACACCCAGCACGGACCUAAAGUUUGACCCUGGGCUCAAAGGGAAGAACAAGCUCAACUACUUGAGGAACUACUGGCUUCUGAUAGGACACCAUGAAACCCCACUGUCUGCGUCGACUAAGAUGCUGGAGAGAUUCCCCAACAAUCUGCCCAAACAUCGGGAAAAUGUGAUUCCUGCCGAUUCAGAGAAAAAGAGCUUUGAGGAGGUUAUCAACCUGGUUGACCAGACUUCAGAAAAUGCGCCUACCACCAUUUCUCAGGAUGUGGAAGAGAAGUUCACUCAUGCCCCUGCCAAGCCUGAGGCCCCCGUGGACUCCAUGCUCAAGGACAUAGCCACCAUUAUCCUGUGCACCUUCCUGCUCAUUGGCUGGGUGGCCUUCAUCAUCACCUACCCAUUGAGCAUGCAUCAGCAGCAGCAGCUCCAGCACCAACAGUUCCAGAAGGAACUGGAGAAAAUCCAGCUCCUGCAACAACAGCAGCUGCCCUUCCCCCCACCUGGAGACGUGGCUCAGGACACCGAGCUCCUGGACUCAGCCGGCUUGUACUCGGAGAGCUCGGCCACCAGCAGCCCCAGCACAUCCCCCAGAGCCUCCAACCACUCGCUCCACUCCAGCGGCUCUCUCUCCAAGGGUGGCACCAGCCCUUCCCUGGAGCAGGACGAUGAGGAUGAGGAAACCAGCAUGGUGAUCGUUGGGAAAAUUUCAUUCUGUCCCAAGGACGUCCUGGGCCACGGAGCGGAGGGCACAAUUGUGUACCGGGGCAUGUUUGACAACCGUGACGUGGCAGUCAAGAGGAUCCUCCCUGAGUGUUUUAGUUUCGCAGACCGUGAGGUCCAGCUGUUGCGAGAAUCAGACGAGCACCCGAACGUAAUCCGCUACUUCUGCACGGAGAGGGACCGGCAGUUCCAGUACAUCGCCAUCGAGCUUUGCGCGGCCACUCUGCAGGAGUACGUGGAGCAGAAGGACUUUGCCCACCUUGGCCUGGAGCCCAUCACCUUGCUGCAGCAGACCACCUCGGGCCUGGCCCACCUGCACUCCCUCAACAUUGUUCACAGAGACCUGAAGCCUCACAACAUUCUUCUUUCCAUGCCCAAUGCACAUGGCAAGAUCAAGGCCAUGAUCUCUGACUUCGGCCUCUGCAAGAAGCUGGCAGUGGGCAGGCACAGCUUUAGCCGCCGUUCAGGGGUGCCCGGCACAGAAGGCUGGAUCGCUCCGGAGAUGCUGAGUGAAGACUGCAAGGAGAACCCUACCUACACAGUGGACAUCUUCUCUGCGGGUUGCGUCUUCUACUACGUGAUAUCUGAGGGCAGCCACCCUUUUGGCAAAUCCCUGCAGCGGCAGGCCAACAUUCUCCUGGGCGCCUACAGCCUUGACUGCUUGCACCCCGAGAAGCACGAAGAUGUCAUUGCCCGAGAAUUAAUAGAGAAGAUGAUCGCAAUGGAUCCUCAGAAGCGCCCCUCCGCGAAGCACGUGCUGAAACACCCGUUCUUCUGGAGCCUUGAAAAGCAGCUCCAGUUCUUUCAGGACAUCAGUGACCGAAUAGAAAAGGAAGCCCUGGACGGCCCGAUAGUGAAGCAGCUGGAGAGAGGCGGGAGAGCUGUGGUGAAGCUGGACUGGAGGGAGAACAUCACCGUCCCCCUCCAGACAGAUCUGCGUAAAUUUAGAACCUAUAAAGGCGGCUCCGUCAGAGAUCUCCUCCGAGCCAUGAGAAAUAAGAAGCACCACUACCGGGAGCUGCCCGUGGAGGUGCAGGAGACGCUGGGCUCCCUCCCUGACGACUUCGUGCGCUACUUCACCUCGCGCUUCCCCCACCUCCUCUUGCACACCUACCGGGCCAUGGAGCUGUGCAGCCACGAGAGGCUCUUCCAGCCCUACUACUCCCACGAGCCCCCCGAGCCCCAGCCCCCAGUGACUCAAGACGCCCUCUGAGCCAGGGCAGCCUCCAUUCUGGUGGCCCCAGCUUUGACUGAGGGCCUGGUCUCUACAAGCCAGAGCCUGAAGCCUCCCGGCUUAGCAGGGAAACCAGGCUCCCAAACCAAGUGCCUUGAGCUGCCCGCUCUGCAGCCAGCAGAGGAGGAUGCUGGCUCGAGGAAGUGGGAGAGGUGACCCUUCCUGACCUGCAGGGAGCUGGGAAGAUGUUAGCCACGAAAGCUUUACAACUGGGGGACGUCUGCAAAGGAGGGCCCGUUCCAGAGGCAGCGAAAGGAGCACCCUCCUCCUUCUCUUGGAUAAGAUGGCUUUAGACUUACAUUUCUUUUUAAACUUCCCGUUUGAUGUCAGCCUGUGGGCCUUUAAGGAAGAGAGAAGAGGGAAUCCUAAGUUUUGCCUACUUGCUGGGACCAGGAGCAUCUCUCUCCUCGACCAGCUAGGCUGAGAUGUGCUAAGGGCAGCCUCUGCCAGAAGUGGGCUUGAGAGGUGAGGGUGCCGAGGAGGAGGAAGACGUUCAGAGGGCUUUGUCCCUGGGGAUUGGCGAUGCCUCACUGAUCACAAAUGCGCCCAGAGUUUCCCAGGUCGCUGUAACCACUGUUUCCUUGGGGACAGCAAGAGCCUUGAGCAUGGGAGCGCAGUGUUGGGACAGGUCGGCACCGCAUGCUGGAAGGUGAGGCCAGGUCUGCAGGUCUCAAAAACGAAGAGCGCAGUUCUGAGGCAGCUGCAGCCCAGUGCCCGGGUGGCCUGAAUGGUGGCCUUUGGUGGAUUUAUGCCCUGGGCCACUUGGGGAUAUUAUGGAGCGUUUGGGGACAAGAUAUGAUAAGUUCCCUGGCCAUCAAGGAGAGCAGCUGAGGCCCAGGCAGGCACAGGUCUUCAGGACCGGAGGGGAGCAGGCUGAAUGGGACACAUAGCCGCCCUGGGAGAGCCCUGAGCCAGUGGGUAGGUGAUGAGGCUCCUCUGUCCCUGGGGCCAGCAGGACGGACCAGGGGGUUGGGAGCCAAGGCCAGGGUCAGCACGUGCUUCAUAGGCAGGCUUUUAUGUUUUUCUUGGCAGAUUUUAAUAACUUUAUAUUUUGAUCAUACUGUAGAAUGCUACAUUAGCGUAAGUAAGCUAAAUUUGAAGCUUACUCGUGAAGAAGAAAUGCAAGAUGAUAAAUCUUCUAUUUUUUGUGGUACCAAAAGUCCCCAUCCCCUCCAGAGAGAAUGUUCAUAUUUAGAACAUUCUCUGAUGCUGAAGAGUAAAACAUGAUAGCAACACUAUACACAUGUAUUAAGCAAUGUCAAAGUAAUAUUCUCUAAAUUAGG